CUUUCUACAAAUCCAGGCGUUUCAAAUUACUCAAAAUUCUUCUCUCUUUUUUCUUUUAAAUUUAAAAAUUAAUUAUUAUAAGCCUCAUCUUUCAAGCAAAAACACUUCACACAACCAAAGAAGGAAACCCUCCCAGAAAAAAACCCAUCGUUUAAGCUUUCUCUUUUCUUGUUCCAUGCAAAAGAAAUCAAGCUAAUUUCAAGAAGAAGCAAUAUAUAUCUUUUGGUUUAUAUUGUUUUGGAAAGCCUUUUUUUUAUAUAUAUUAAUGGCGAAGCGUGGAGUAGAGGAGGUGGUGGUGGUAGCUUUGGAGGAAAAAGGAGGAGCCAUGGCGGUGGUGGUGGAAGAAAAAGAACAAAAAGAAGAAAAAGAAAAUGAAAAAGAAGAAGAAGAAGCACAUCCAUAUGCAUUUCAUGUAUCUGGUCCUCGUAACGUAGCUAAGCCUAAUUGGAGAGACCUUAUCAAUUCUAGUUGGAAAGAUACUAACUAUAAGAGAUCGGUAAUUGCUUGUUUCAUACAAGCAGUUUAUUUGCUUGAAUUGGACAGGCAAGAGAAUAGAACUGUCGAAACCGCUCUUGCACCGAAAUGGUGGAUGACUUUCAAGUACAAGUUGACACAAACUUUGACCGACGAAAGGGACGGAUCGAUAUUUGGAGCAGUAUUAGAAUGGGAUCAAUCGGCAGCCUUGGCUGAUUUUGUGCUCAUUAGGCCUAGUGGAGCACCGAAAGCCGUUUUAGUACUUCGUGGAACUUUACUCAAAGGUCCAACUAUUAGACGAGAUAUUGAGGAUGAUCUUCGGUUUCUCGCUUGGGAAAGCUUGAAAGGUUCUGUUCGAUUUAAAGGUGCAUUGGAAGCAUUAAGAACAGUUGCUGAAAGGUACGGUAGUAGCAAUGUAUGUAUUGCAGGUCAUUCUUUGGGAGCUGGUUUUGCUUUACAAGUGGGAAAAGCAUUAGCUAAAGAAGGGAUAUUCGUCGAUGCUCAUUUGUUUAACCCGCCCUCAAUUUCAAUAGCUAUGAGCUUAAGAAAUAUCGGAGAAAAAGCAGGUUUUGCUUGGAAAAGACUUAAAUCGAUGCUUCCUUCGAGUAGUGAACCUCAAGCUGACUGUGAUGAAGAGAUCAAAGAUAACUCUUUAAAGAGUUGGUUAGGCAAUAUAUAUGGGGAUAAAGCUUCUAUGGGAUUGAAACAAUGGGUGCCUCAUUUAUAUGUAAACAAUAGUGAUUAUAUCUGUUGCCACUAUACUGAUCCCGAAGGAACAACAGAGGAAAAUGAGGCGAACAAAGAGAACACCAGUCGUACAAACGGUCAAGUUGCGGCGAAGUUGUUUGUGAUGUCGAAAGGGAAACAAAAGUUUCUCGAAGCUCACGGUUUAGAGCAAUGGUGGUCGGAUGACUUGGAUCUUCAGCUUGCUAUAAAUAAGAGCAAAUUGAUAAGCAGGCAAUUGAAGUCCUUAUACAGCCUCCCGGCUUCGCAAGUCACGAAAAGGCAGAGAUAAAGAACAAAAGGCAAAUGAUUUGGUUUUUAUAGAUUGUUUCUGGUCUUUUUACAAUAAUAUGUGUGCAUGUUUUUCGAUAUGUCGGCUUUACUGGUUUCUCUUGCUCAUUGAUAUCAACAAAUGUAUACCCCAUUUCCUGGAAAUAUAUAGAUAUAUUCAUUUUCUAUGUGCUUUCAUUGUUAUUCACAUUUGAUUAUACAUGCAGCAAUCAAUGUAGUCGAAUAGGCCGGUCUCCGGUUCAAUCAGGGAGCAACCUGUAUGCCAUGACGGCUCGUGAUCAUUGGCAUCCAAAAGCCAUGACUCGAGAUUCUGGUAAGCUAUCCAGUUUGUCUGUAGUUGGCUUGUCGAUAAAGGCACAUGAUUAAACAUCGACAUGUCCGGAUCAGCCACCUCCAUCAGGGCACUUUCCUGGUUUAUUACUUCUGGCUGAAAUGCUUGCUCAAAUGAAUCGAACACACAGAACGACGAAUCCAUAGCAGUGGAAGCUAUUUCGAUAUUUUCCAUGUUUGGGACCUUUUCAACUUCUUCAGGUAUAUUGGUAGUUCGGGUCUGAUAUCCAGUUAGCUCUUGAACAAGCUGCUUGAAACUCGAGCUGUCUGUAAUGUAAACCUUAGGCCUUAAAAAUUUUUCCAGCCGGUGAAGUUGCUUCUCGUUCUUGGGUGUUUUUAAAGAUGCUGUUGCCGGCUGAGUUACCUUCUUCUUCCCCAUUGUUAUUGUUUCAUGAAAAUCAUGUAACCAUAGCUGUAUAUAUAUAUGGAAGUUUCCAAUUCAUUGGAUAUAAAUGUCUGCAGGUAACGGACAAGAGCCUAGUCAUAGGACAUGAAGAAAAGAUGCUGAAAAUGAUGUUUUUAUUAACAAAAACCAGAUUUGUUCCAUAAUAAGAAUUCCUUUCUCACCAAA